AUGACCCGCCUGGCCAUCACACCCCUUCACACAGCACCAAGAGGCUUGGGAGGCGCACCGGCCUACAGCACGUACUACCAGGAACCCACGGCUGCAUUCUCGACGCAUACAAACAUGCCAUCGACGGCAAUGGCGUACGGGUCGGAAUACGCCGCCGAUUCGAGACCCCAAACCCAGAGUUUCGGGGGCUACAACGCGGGUAUGAUGAUGUACAACGUGCCUCAGCCGAACACGCAAACUCCAGUCUACGAGGCCCAACACUUUGGGCAACGGCAGCAGGCAGCAAUGCAGAUGAUGGCACCGGAUGUCACAUCAACAUACUUUAGCUCCGAAGCCGGGGGUGCAGCAGCAGCAGCAGCAGCAGCGAGCAUGCAACACCCGAGCCAGGGGAGCAGCGCAUCGGCCGGGGUAUAUCAGCAGAGCCAACCCAUGAGCUACGCUGGAAGCAUGCCUGCCGCAGGCGCCAUGCAGCAGACUUCGGGAGCAGCGGAUUCUGCCAUGGCGGAAGGGCAAGACUAUGCUUCCUCGGGGCUGCAGGAGAAGUGGCAAAACUACCAACGGCAACUGGGCUCUGUGUUUCAGGACAUCUCAGCCAACUCGUUGGAAAGGGCUGCCGAAACACUACUGCACGUCUCCAAUUGGUUGCUCACGCAAGUGGUAGAGCUAGGACUCAGCCAAGAUGAUGCCAGCCUACAUGCCGAGAGGAUCAAACUCUGGAACGACUUUAACCACGCCUGGUUAGCCCUCUGCUUCCGGCAGAAGGAAAUCAUGUCGUCUGGCCAGCAGUCAUCGAGAUCCCAGGUUGUCAUGUCUCAGGAAACGAUCAAGAAGCUAGGCGACGAGCUUAUCCGGCUAUGCGAUGGUAUCGAGAGCCAUGGCUUAGUCGACUAUCAAUAUGGCGUGUGGGAGGAUCGAAUCGAGACGAUUCUCGAAGAAUGCCUCGAUCUCUACGAUUCCCUCGAAGCGGCCGUCGAUGCCGGCUAG